AUGGGAGAGUGGACCAUUUUGGAAAGGCUGCUGGAGGCUGCGGUGCAACAGCAUUCCACCAUGAUCGGGAGGAUCCUGCUGACAGUGGUGGUGAUCUUCCGCAUUCUGAUUGUGGCCAUCGUGGGUGAGACGGUUUACGAGGAUGAGCAGACAAUGUUUAUGUGUAACACGCUGCAGCCGGGCUGCAACCAGGCCUGCUACGACAAGGCCUUCCCCAUCUCCCAUAUCCGCUACUGGGUGUUCCAGAUCAUCCUGGUGUGCACACCCAGCCUGUGCUUCAUCACCUACUCGGUGCACCAGUCAGCCAAGCAGCGGGACCGGCGGUACUCAUUCCUCUAUCCGCUGCUGGAGAAGGACUGCAUCCAUGAGAGGAGGAAGAUGAAGAACGUCAAUGGCAUUUUGGUGCAGAACCCCGACAGCUCGUCCAGGGAGGAACCUGACUGCCUGGAGGUGAAGGAGAUCCCCAGUGCCCCCAUGCGGCCCCCCAAGAAUUCCAAGGUCAAGCGCCAGGAGGGCAUCUCUCGCUUCUACAUCAUCCAGGUGGUUUUCCGCAAUGCCUUGGAGAUCGGUUUUCUGGCAGGGCAGUACUUCCUGUACGGGUUCAAUGUGCCAGCCAUCUUUGAGUGCGACCGCUACCCAUGCGUCAAAGAGGUGGAGUGCUACGUGUCCCGGCCCACCGAGAAGACUGUUUUCCUGGUCUUCAUGUUUGCUGUCAGCGGGAUCUGCGUUCUCCUCAACCUGGCUGAACUCAACCACCUCGGCUGGCGCAAGAUCAAGACAGCCAUCCGGGGAGUACAGGCCAGGCGAAAAUCCAUCUGCGAGGUGCGUAAGAAGGACCUCUCCUCUCUGGCCCAAGUGCCUACGCUCGGACGAACACAGUCGAGUGAGUCUGCCUACGUUUGA